CUUGUUGCAGCUUUGAUAUUAAUGGUGGGUUGUUGACUCCACACGCGUUGCGUUUGACGGUCGCGAUCAGUAGCAAAGAUGAGUCUAGCGAUAAGAUUUUGGACCCUGGUGGUCAACAUGUUGUGUAUUCCGAUGCAUGUGAUCAAUGCGGUCGGUUUGUAUAAAGUGUACAAACGCGUCUUUCCCAUGAUUCUGCAAAGCUUCUCAGGAAGUUACAACCAAAAAAUGCAUGAAAGGAAAGUAGAGUUGUUUCGCAGUCUGUCAGAGUUCAUCAAGCCUGGUGGAAAGCUCACAAUUCUGGAAAUCGGCUGCGGCACUGGGACAAAUUUUCAGUUUUAUCCGCCUGGCUGCAAGGUGAUCUGCACUGAUCCGAACCCGCACUUCCAGAAAUAUCUGGAGAAAAGCAUGAAGGAGAACGAGCAACUCACCUUUGACCGAUUCGUGGUGACCUCGGGGGAAGACAUGUCGUCUGUGGGGGAUGAAUCGGUGGACGUUGUUGUGUGCACCCUGGUGUUGUGCACAGUCCGAGAUGUCCCGCAAACCCUGAGAGAGGUGCACCGCAUACUGCGACCAGGUGGUGCCUUCUUUUUCUUAGAGCACGUGGUUGCAGACUCCUCAACAUGGGCAUACUUCUUCCAGCAGGUCCUCCAGCCUGUGUGGUAUUACUUUGGGGAUGGAUGCAAGGUCACCCGGGAAACCUGGAAAUACUUGGAGGGAGCUGGUUUCUCUGAGCUCAAACUCAAACAUGUUGAAGCACCACUUGUCUUUAUUCUCAAAGCGCACAUAGUAGGCUCUGCUGUGAAAUAAGUUCCUACUAACUAGCUCUCCAACAUGUUAUAAUGACUACCAGCAUAUAAAUAUGCCGAGCUUUGUAUCAUGCCAAUUGCUGCGUGGCAUGAUCACCAGUUUAAAUGAGCAGUCACCUUAAAUUUUCAAACAAAUGUGCUUUGUAAAUAUUUUUCCUGUUUAAUGGUUAUGGUACUGUUAAGUACACAUCUUGAUUUUAUAUUAGCAAAUCAUAUUAUCAUCCAUUAGUAGUAGCACCUAACAUAGGAACCUGUACCAGCAAUAAUCUGUGAAACCUAUCAAUCGAUUACCAUGUAAUUGAAAUUCCUCUUUUCAAUUGAGAUUAAAAGAUUUAAAAAGUA